AUGGGAAACGCUGUUUUAUGUUAGGAAUAAAAGAAAAAGCCUACAAGAGGUAAACAAAAUGAUAGAACUCCGAAGAAAAUAGAAAUAAGUGAAAGCGUUCCUUAAAGUUAAAGAAAUCAAUAGUAAUAGUAAAUUAGAACUCCAAAACCAUAAUAAAUUGAUAGUUAUAAUUGUUUAGUUCAUUCAGAUGAACCAAUAAAAGCUGUUUGUAUGUGUGAAGAUUGCUAACAUAAUAAUAAAAUUUUAUGUGUAGAAUGCUUGAUAGAUUAUUCAUGUAGUAAGAAACUUCGUAUCACAGAUUAUUUGAGACAUUUAAGAAGUUGUUUAUCAAAAGAUGCAUAAGAAGCAUUUAUGGAAUUAUUUGAUGAGAAAAAUCAAGUUAAAUCUGAUUUGAAUAGAUAAAUAACAGCAGUAAUAGAGAUGGUAUUAACUAAAUUGUCUUCAAUUGGAUAACAAUAUGUUCCUAUUUUGAUAACCAAUUAUUAUUGGGCUUCAUAAAAGUUACCAUUUAAAUUAAAAGAGUAAACAAUUCAUUAACUAGAACUUAUUUUAGAAAGUAUAUUAAUAAUAAUAAUAUGAUUAUUUUAGAUAAAGCAAAUGAGGCUCAUUCAGAAACUUUAGAUUUUGCAAUUUAUUUAAUUUAGAAUAGAGGUGUUUUAGAGACAAUGUGUGAAUAAAUAGAGAAAAAGAAAAAUAAAAUAACAGAAUUUUCAAAUGAUUUUGUAUCUAAGUUUAAUUAAGUAGUAAGUAAAUAUAUGACAGCAAUUGAAGUAAUUAGAUUAAAUGUUUAUGCUAGUUUUUAUUUCAUUUAUUAACUACUCCAAUGGAAUAUCUAUUAGAUGAAGAUUCUAAACCUUAAUUAAUGAGUAAGAGGGUUGCUCAAAAUAAAGAUUAAUCUAAUAUAAUUAGUAGAGUUAAAUAAAAUGAAGAUAAAUCAAAUAUUACAUCUCCUAAAGAUAUUCAAUAAGGACAUAAUUAAUAAAAUCAUCAAUAAUAAUAAUAAUAGAAAAUAAAUUUUAAAUGUUUAGCUCAUAAUUAAGAAGUAAAACUACAAUUAAAUUAGAUAGGUGUUAGCUAUUUGUGUAAAAUUGGAUUGCUAACAUAAAGAUAGAAAAAUGUGUGCAGAUUGUUUAAUUGAUACUAAAUGUGUAGAUAGAAUGAAAAUGAGUGAAUUCAGUGCUAGAUUAAGUAGAAUAUUAAAUAAAGAAAUAAUUGAACAAUUAUCUAUUCCAUGGGAUGAUUUAAGUAUUCAUAAAGGAAUUGAAAAAUUGUUUAGUAAUGCAGGAGAAAAUGUUAAAAAUUUAUUAACAGAAUAAGUUCAUACUGUUAAAGAAAUGUUUGUUAAAUAUCAUUUAAUAGAAGAAUCUACACCUAAAGAACUAAGAGGAUAAUUUACUAAAGAAUAUUUUGAUCAAUUUAUUCAUAUGAUGACUGUAUAGUAUUAUAUUAUUUUAAAUUAUUAUUUUAGAAAAAUAGCAUCAAAUAAUCCUGCUGUUAUUUUAGGAAUUAAAUUCAUUAAUAAUAAAUAAUUAAUAGAUAAUAUGUUAAGUGCAAUAGUUAAGACAGAAUAAGUAUUACCAAAAAAAGCAGAUAAAUUGCAGCAUAAACUUGUUAGUAUUAGUUAAAUAUUUUUGGAAAAAAUAUAAAAUCUUAUGGAUUUAUAUAAAUAACAUGGUGAAAUAGAAGCUAUUUAAAAAUAAUAUCAUUUAUUAAAUAGCGAACCAUAUUGUUUAGAAGAAAGCAUAUAUAAAAUAAAAUAAGAUGGUAAAAGUUUAAGUGAAUGGGAACCCUUUCAUUUUUUUAAACCUUCAGAUAAAACUAUUAUUGAUGUUUGUUUUGUAAAUGAAAAUUUAGCUGCAAUAGCUAUUAUUGAUGGAACUAUUAUUAUUUAUAAUGUUAACUUAAAAAAGCAAACUUAAAUUUUAAAACAUGGAAUAUUUGUAUUCUCUUUAAGAGCUUUCUAAUUUAAUGGAUAAUCAGUAUUACUUUCAAGUGGAUAUUCACCAUAAACAGGUAAUUCAUUAUGCAGUUGGGAUUUGAAAAGCUUGAAACCAUCAUUCAUUGUAUCAUAAGCACAUAAUAAUUCUAUUAGAAAAAUUAAAUAUUUACAUGUUAAUCCUUAAUUCUCAUAAAACUUCUUUACUAAUAGCACAACCACAGCUUAAUUAAGUAGUUAAGUAUCUUAAACUGGAAGCAUGAAUAGUAUAUUUCUAGAUAUUGAUGAAUAAAUAAUCUCAUGUUCUGAUGAUGGCAUUAUUAAAUUAUGGAAAUUAGAUGUUAAUUUAAAACUUCUUGAAGAACAAAUCUUAAAAUAAGGCUAAUAAGUUUUGGAUUUUACCUUAUUAAAUGGAUGUAUAUUAAUUUCUGCAAAUAAUGAUAAGACUGUUUCAUUAUCAUUACCAUUUUCUAAUAUCAAUCCAUUUUAAUAUAUCAAUGAUGAUUGUUAAGUAUAUGCUGUAUCACCUAUUGAUUAAUUAGUUUCCAAAAAAAAAUAAUCCAUUUAAUAAAAAUUUAUAACAGGUAAUGAAAAAGGUAUUGCCAAAAUAUUCUAAUGGCAAAAUGGAAGAGCAGUUAUUAUGAAACAACUCAAUUUGCAUGAAGAUAAAAUUACUAAAAUUUCUAUGUAUUACUUCUUAAUACAUUAGGUUAUAACCAGGUUUUAUAGCAAGUGUAAGUAAUGAUAAAUCGAUUAGCUUAACAUUAAUACAAUAAGCCAAAAUACUUACCAAAAUAGAAAAACAUGAACAUGGAAUUGUUUCAUUUGCUUAUCUCAAAGCUAAUGGAUUUAUGAUAACAGCUGAUUAAGGAGGAAAUGCUAUACUUUGGAAAUGA